CGCUUGCCGAGAGGUUUCAACAAGGUGCGAUGAGCCGACUCGUGCUCGUGGCCGCCGUCGCCGGCGCGACCCUCGCUGCGCAGAGCGGCGAACCGACCAUGAGCUAUGGCUUCAGCGCCUGCGUCAACAACAAGCGGACGCUCUACUACUAUACGCCGACAGCGCUCACGUGCCCGGCGAAUGGCAGCAGCACGCCCUUUACGCUCAACGCACCGGUGUACGACCUCGACUGUACGGUAUCGUGCGGGCGUGGCGCUGUCCUCGGUGCCAACUUCUCGGGGCCCGUACCUAUCUCGGGCUGCGAGCCGUGCGCGAAUGGAACGUACUCGCUCGGUGGUGGCAACCUCUACAGCGCAGCGACAAGCGCGUGGCAGACGCCGCUCGCGCCCGAGUUCUUCACCGAGUGCUUGACGCGCGACAUCUACUCGGGCGACUGGGUCAACAACUGCAACCCGUGGGUCGCCGACAUCACUGGCGCGUACGUGCACUCGGGCAACAACUCGGACAUCUUGGAGCAGUACUCGGCGACCGUGCUCUACUCGAUUCUGCGGCUCAGCCUCUCGUUUGUCAAGAACGGGUCGGUCACGUUCCAGUACAAGGUGGAUGCUGAGGCGCCGUACGACGGUCUUCUCUUUACGAUGGACGGCGAAACGCGGCUUUCGCUGGUCUCAACGACCGGCGACUGGGUCGAGAAGACCUUUGCCGUCUCGUCCGGAGCCCAUACACUCACGUGGCAGUUUACAAAAGACUACAACGGCGACUCGGGCAAGGACAAGGCGAUGCUUCGCGUGGUCGAAGUUCUCGGCACUGCGUAUGCUGACACGACGUGCCACCCGUGCGGCGGUCUCAUGACGCGCCGCAGCAGUGCCCAGUGCCGCGUCUGCGACGUCAACCAGUACGCAACGACGACAACAAAUGGCACCUUUGCCUGCUUGGCAUGCCCACGCAAUACGUAUGCGCGAGCAGGCUCGAUUGGCGUCGGUGCAUGCAUGACGAGUCGGCCGUGCACGCUGGCCGAUGUCGCUGCCGUCUACACCCCCUGCGUGCGCAACCUUCGCAAUGUGACGCGCUCGUGGGCAGUGCCAAUGACGUGCAAUGCGUCAUUGCCCGACGCCAUCGCGCUGCCGGCCAGCAACGUCAACAUGGACUGCGGCAGCUGCUCGUCGGGCUACUACACGGAUGACACUGGCGUGUGUAUGACGUGCCCCGAUGGCAAGGUCAUCGACCCCAACGGCACGCUCGUCGAAGUCAACGGGUCUGCGUCGGCCAUCAACACCAUGUGUACGACCUGCGGGAUUGGGAUGGUGGCUGUGCGCAGCUUGUCGUUUGGCGGCGCGACCCGCCGGCUCUGGGGCGCGUGGCCAAGCAUUCUCAACAACCAAACCGCCAUUGCAAACGGGUGGAAGCUCACGGAGCUUGGCAUCACGCGCGACUUGUCGCCGAGUAUGCAGCCAUGGACGGGCUCGUAUCCGCUCGACUUUGUGACGACGCAAGUGCACAACGGGACGCUGAGCCUCAACUACACGCUGAGCAACCUCCCGAGCGACCCGCUCAUUGGUCGCGCGUGGCUCGAACUCUUUGUCAACAGAGACCCGACCGUGCUCUCGCAUGCGUCCGUGAACGGCAGCUUCUUUGUCCAAGUGCCCAUUCCGCUGCGGCUCGACGGUAACAGCACGCUCGUCGUCUCGGUCGUCUGGCGUACGAGCAACGCAGCCGUCGCCAAGGUCGCGACCAUGACCAUUGGAGCGAUCGGCAUCUCUGGCACAGCAACGGGCGGCGCCGCGCUCUGCGACGCUUGCCCUCUCGGCUUUGGACCAAAUGCCAACCAGUCGUUCUGUGUGCCGUGUCCCUCUGGCACCUACUCCCAAGUCUACAACAAUGGCUCGGUGACGUGCCAGUCGUGUCCGCUCAACACGUACUCGAACGGUCAAGCCACGCGCUGCCUUCCGUGCGGCACCAACACGUACAGCACACCAGGAUCGACGGUGUGCGUGGCCCCGACGACGCUUGUCGACACGGCUCACAACAUUACGUACAACCUCGGGAAUCUGCAGCGCCUCGUCGUGCCAGACAACACGUCAGACGCCUAUAUCACGAACGCAACGGUCGCGCUGAGCACGCAGCUCUCCAUUGAUCCGUCGCACAGCGUCAUGCUCGGCGUCUUUCGGCCGGUCACGCCGCAGUUCAACAAACAGUCGACGCUCGUCGUCUCGUCGGUCUUGGCCAACUCGUACAACCAAGUGCUUGUGGGGUCGCCCCAAGCUUACGUCGUCGGCCUCACCAUCACCAACACGAACGAAGCGGGCGGCACGUUUCUCUACAACACGCCGAGCAUGGGCCUGGUGCAGUGCACUGUACCGUCGAAGUACAAUGUUGUCAACGGCGGUGGCAAGAUGGACCUCUCGGUUUUGCCAAAUGGCGGCGGCCUUCGCGCCGUGUACUCGCAAGGGUCGCUCUGCGUGACGGACGAUGCAUCUGCUGUCUUCUAUACCACCACGAUCGACUACGUGUGCAGUCCCACCGCGAGCGCGACGACGACGCCGGUGCUCGUCAACUCGACUGCGUGCUCGUCAUACGCGACGUGGAAAUCGCCCGCAGCGUGUCCUCUCUGCACCUCGACGCUCUUCACGCUGUCGCGGUCGCAGUGCUCUGGCGGCUCCCAAGUGGUCACGUCGACGUCUGCGAUUGCUUGCGUUGGUGGUGAGUCCCCGCCAGCGACCGCGAUCCAGACCUGCUCCGAUAUUGUCUUGGACAAGGACACGGCGGCGAUGGCCGCCGGUGUCGUGCUGCUCAUUAUCGUUCUCGUUGUCGGCCUUCUCGUCGGUCUCGUCAUCAUCUGGCGCCGCUACAAGCACACAAUGCAGGAGUUUUUGUAUCUCAAGGGUCAAAUGAAGUCGGGGCUCCUCGACGGCGGCAGCACGCGGUCGUCGGACGGCACCUUUGAGUUUGCGCCGCGGGACAACGCGGUCGGGUCGCCGCCGGGCCACUUGCAAGCAAGCCACGACGAAGAGAACGACGUCGAGGAAGAAAUCGACCUCGGCCCCAAGCCCACGACCACGGUGACCAUGUAAAAGGUGCUGUGGUGUAGUAAUGCACGACGAGCUUGGAGUUCUUA